AUGCCACCUUUCCCACCCAUCCCCACCGGUGAGAGCAGCUCCCACUCCGGCAACUGCCACUGCGGUGCCGUGCGGUUCAGCUUCACAUUAUCCCCGCCCCUGUACGAGUACCCCACCAAUACCUGCAACUGCUCCAUCUGCACAAAGAACGGCUACCUGCUCGUGUACCCGUUCACCAAAGAUUUUACCAUCGAAAAAGGCGAGGAUGUACUAAAAGAUUAUUCCUUUACUGAGCGCAAGGUGAAGCACCAAUUCUGCGGAGAGUGCGGAAGUAGUUGCUUCAUCCGUCUUCCAGAAGAGGGACACCCACUGAUCACUCCUGUCAAUGUACGACUACUACAGGACAUUGACAUUGAGAAACUGGUUCUCAACAAGGUUGAUGGAAGGUCGACCGGGCAAGAGUACAAAGUUUAG